AUGUCCAAAAUUGAUGUGCAAUGGCCCUCCAGGGAAGAGGGGCACAGCAUGGCACGGGCUGUGGUCCGGAGUAUGGGUGGAUUUACUUUGGGUUUGUCCUUGGCCACAGCCUACGGGCUCCUGGAGCUUCUGGUGGAGGGACACAGCCCCUAUGGCUGCCUGGUGGCCACCGUCACUUUGGCUGCCUUCCUUAGCCUGGGCAUGGGGUUCUCCGCCAAGGUCCGUGCUACUGUCUUCCUGCUGCUCCCCCAGGCCUUCUCCAGGCAGGGCCGGAUGCUGGUGUUGGUGGCUGCAUUUGGGCUGGUGCUGCAAGGGCCUUGUGCCAACACCCUACGCAACUUCACCCGUGCCAGUGAAGCUGUGGCCUGUGGGGCAGAGCUGGCGCUGAACCAGACUGCUGAAGUGCUGGAGCAGGCCAAGCAGCCCCUUGUCAGUGCUCUGACCAAGAUUAAAGCUAUUGCCCAGAGGGCCAAAGCGGUGGCUGACCGGGUACGCAGGUUCUUCCGGUCCAUCAUGGAUGGUGUAAAACAUGUAGCCAGGUCCCUGCGGAAUGUGUGGUACUGGCUCCUUCACAUCGGUGAUGUGUGCAACUCAGAGCUGGGCAACCCGUACACAAAAUGCACUCGGGUGUUUGAUGACGCCAAGGACAACUGUAUGAAGGUCGUGAAGCAAGCCCCUCACCUGUGUUACACGAUCAUGCCCUUCAAACUGGUGCUCUGUGGACUUGCCAGCUUGGUCCAGAUGUUCUGCGUCAUCCCCACGUACAUCCAGCUCUUCCUGCGAAAGACCAUCAGCACCCCCGUGAUACAGCUACUUAACCGGGUGCGUCGUGAGUUUGAAUUCAAUAUGACAGCCACCCACUACUUCUCCGUGGACCUCAAUGCCUCUCGGAGCCUGUCCCAGGUGGCUUUGGACCUUCACGAGGCCGUCAGCGAGAAGCUGCACAGUGUCAGGGAGGUCCUGGCCCUGAUGGGCUACACCACGCCUCUGUUUUUUGCACUUCUCUACCUCCAAGCCCUGUGGUAUCGGUACGGUUACCUGCACUGGGAUAAUUUCGACAACAUCUAUAUCACCAGGCGCUUCCUGAGCAUGGAAGCGGUGCGCUCCAUGGCAGGGCUGCCUACGGUGCUGCCACUCAGUUCUCACGAGGCCAGACACUACAUCCAGCCAGGCUCCAUCUUCCUGACCCGAUGGGAGCACAUUUUUUAUACUUUGGAGAUCUUUGACCUCGCCCGCCAUCUCCUCAUUGUGUUCCUCCUGGUCUCUCUGGACUACGCUGUCUUCUGGGUACUUGACCUGGCCCGGUACCACCUCCAGGGAGAGAUUGUAGCCCGCAGCCCUGUGCUGGUGUCUAUAAAGGUGGAAGGGACCGGCUAUUCCGGGAAUAUUUACCGUGACUUGGUGUCAGCUUUUGACAUUCUGCAACAAGGCAACGUCAGUAUACUGUCCCGACGCUGCCGCCUCCACCCCUCAGAACCAGAUGCCAACAGUUACAUCGUCAUCGGUACCAUGUACGGCCUGAGCUUCUUCGUCACUCUGUUUGGCAGCUAUGUCAGCAGGCUGCGGCGUGUCAUCUGUGCCUCCUAUUACCCUUCCAGGGAACAGGAAAGGAUCUCCCACCUCUACAACAUGCUUUUGAGUCGUCGAACCAACGUGCUGGCUGCAGUGCACAGAGCAGUGAAGCGCCGGGCAGCUGACCAGGGCCACACGAGUGUCCUCCAGGUGCUAGCCAGCCGGUGCCCUUUCCUGAGUCCGCUGCUCGGCCCUUUUUUGCCGCGUCAGUCCUACUGCCUGGGCUGUGGGCAGCCUGAAGAAGAUAAAGGGGGCAUGGAGAGUUUUGUGUCCUGCAGUACUCCAGGCUGCAAAGGUCUCUACUGCCCUUCAUGCUUUCGUCUCCUGGACAACACCUGCUCCGUGUGUGCAUCCCCCCUUUCCAUCGGGGGGCUCCUGGACCUAGAACUGGACUCUAGUGAUGAGGAGGGUCCUCAGCUGUGGCUGGCUGCAGCUCACAGAAGUGGCCCGGGGCAGGAACUGAAACUUCGACAACAGCUCCAGGAAGCACUGGACAUGACUCUCUCAGACAAGUCCCGCCCAGAGUCCAGUGUCCAGGACGAAGAGGAAAAGCCUCAAAGGAAGCUCCUGCAGGAACUCCCAGAAGCUCAGCAGUUUGUGGGCCUUGCCUCACCUCCGGAGCCCCAGGCACCUUCUCAGAAAUCCACUGCCUCCAAAGCAGCUCCCUCCCCAGCCUUAGAACCUCUGGACCCCUCCCAUUCACCCCCAAAAUAA